ACACACACACGUCGUAUUAUCGUUAAUUUCGGAUUUCUUGCCCUUGUUUUCCCUUCUCCCGAUAGUAAUUGUUAAUUCCAUCGUUAUUGGUUAAACGAUCCGUAGGUUUAAAUUACGAUUUACUUUUGUCCUAUUAAAUAGUAUAAUAAUCUUCUGUUAUCGCUUUGCCCGCUCACAAAUACUCCCGAGACACCCGAGAAAGAACAAAAACACACAACUACAAAAAGAAAUGCAAUGUUUAGUAUAAAAGAGAACCUCUAACCAAAUGUUAAUCUCGUGUAACGUAAAUUUGAACACAUAGCAACAUUAUUGUAAAACAAAAUAGUAUGACACAGAGGGAGAGAGAGAGAGAGGAAGAGAGCGGUGGAUUUCCAUAAUGUCUGUUAAGUAAUCUUCAUCGCCUAAAAGCACUCUCUCUUUCCCCUGUCGUUUUCAAAACCUGCCCCAAAAUAAAGAGUUCAACGAUGGCACUCUGUCCCAUUCUCUUUGAUGUGAAUGUAACAAAAAAGAACGUUUGUGUUAGUGUCGUUUUGUGGUGUUAAUUAAAUUGCUUCAUUUAAAGGAAAAUAUGAGAUAAAGUUCACAAAACGGACAUACAAAUAAUCACUGCACUGUGUCGUUCGGUUGGUGUCGUGCUAAACAAAAGCCUCCGCUAUCCCUCGCUAGAUGGCGUUAUUUAGCACAUAAUUUAAAUUCAACCGUUUUGUGUAUCGCCCGGGAGCAUACAACUGUUGCUGGGGUUUUUCCCUGUAAAUAAUUCUAUCAAAAGAUACUUAAUUGUUUUUCUACAAUUGCCAACAACACAAAACAGCGAUCCACAUCCUGUUCUUCCCUGCCCCGUAUCAUUUCCUUUCUCAGUGACGUCAUACUCAGGUCCCUUUUCGUGUUUGCGAGCCACGCGCGGUUCUGUGAAUGAAUUUGGCACGCGCAAACACUUGCCGAACGAAAAGGUGCCUUCCCUUUUCCGGUACACCGUCUAGACGAAAUCCCCCCAACGACUACCACCACCGACCGCACCUCCCCACAGCGCUCGAUGCGCCAUCAUGACGAAGCAUCUAAGGCUCACGAUUGGUGGUUAACCGUGAAAAUCUGUUAAAUCUGGUACACACAUUGCCUGACUAAAGAAAGGUGGAAAAUUUACCUCGGUAAUGAUGAGAUGGUUCGAAACAUCAUUAAAACGUAAAGAGUUUUGGCUGGCCACAUAGUGUCAUCUAGCCAUGGCUGUUUUGAGCAGCAACAAAAACGGAUACGAAGAGGGUUUCCUGUAGUGCCCAUAACACAUGGGAAUUCCCAAUUCCUCGAGACCAAGUGCCAUUUAUGCUAUAUUUGAACUGUGUUUGAAUUGUAUGCUUGGUUGUGUGUUAAGAAAGUGAUGCUUAUUUCAUAUACAGAUACAUUAAUUAGAUAGUGCAGCAUCGGCACACACUGAUUAAAGUUUCAUACUCCGCAUAAUCGCACAGUACACACAAAAAAAUCAGAUGUAAAUUGAGAGAAAAUCACCCUAAAGUGUUUGUGUCUGUACUGCGAAUCGUUUUUUGAUCAACAUCAAAGACCCAUUUUUUGUUUGCCCCGCUCCCUAUAUAGAGCACGGCGCUUGUGUGUGACUCAUAUCACAGUUAAUCUCCGUGCACUCGCAAAGAUCUCACCACGGUUCAAGUUCAAUGUUCCGCGACCCGCGCGGUUAAACACACUGCUAACAACGAGUGGCGUUUGUAGGCGUGUGUAGGCAACCUGUCGUCGCGUGUACGAUCAUGCGUACGCAUCCAGCUGAUGCGCUGAAGAUGAAGAUGAAUGUUGAUGGGUUUGAAGUAUCAUAAGCUUCCCAUCGCAAGCUUCUCCCACCUUCAUGGAGUGGGGUGUGAGGGGCCAAUGAGCGAUCUUGCCGCACCGUCAGCUUAGUCAGUCAGCGGUGAGAAGGCUUCGCGUUCGGUCGCACUAAAGUCGCGCGUGUGUCGCGGAAGUCGUCGAAAUCCCAAUUUCAGAAGUGUUUUGUUUUUGCAGAGCAUUGUUUAGCCAUUAACUUAUUAAUUGAUACAUAAAACAACUUCAAAAAUGGUACAUAACAAGAUGCUGCAUUCUACGUUGCUAUUGAUGAUUUUGUCCCUUAAUCAUGUUUCGCGCACACUGGGAACUCCUUCGCCCUAUCCCCAUCCAACACUCGCUCCCCAACAGCCCGCCUGUGGUGCGUACGGCCAAAGCCCUUGUGCAUUCGUUCCCGCCCCACCCGGAGUGACGCCCAAGUGUGUCUCACCUGGAUCCACUUUUUGUGAAACGAAUCCCGAUUAUCCUGCCUACCUCAUUAAGCAUCUGGUGGAAACGCUCGGCUAUCAGCGCAUCAUUGCCAGCGAAGAGAUGGUCGACUUUGGUGCGAACAAACCGCUGGAAGAGGAGGAACAUCUGCACCAUCAUUAUCAUCACUUUUAUGGGUCAUUUGCGGCGAUGGAUCAAGCUUCCAAGCCACAGGCGCAUAAGCAUUCCAGCCCUGGGUAUAGUAGCUACCUUACACCAACGCAACAAUCACUCGGCACGGUAAACUACGAGGCGAAGCGUCCGGCACCGGUUCCACAGCCGAUCUACAUUCCAAAGCCACAGCACUCGUACCACUACAACUCGUACGUUCGCGCGCCAAUGUACAACCGGCAGCCGGACCGGCAAGGAUACUUUUAUCCAUCGCCCGGGGGUUCUGCUGCUAAUUCGCCUUCCUCAAGCUCUCCCGUAACACAGUACAGUCCGGCUGAUUGGUUGAAGCGCUUCGCCCGUGAUUUGUCCGAUCGGCAUCGACGCGAGGCACGGCUGGCCGCAUUACGAAGGGUAGAUGGACCUGCCGAUCCGUUCGACAACGAACCAACACCCUUCCGGUUGCCAUCCAUGGUCAAUGAAACCGUUUACGAGCGUUUGCUGGCGAAAAACGCUCGCGCAAAGCGACAAGCGGCGGGUGGUGUGAAGGAAACGCUGUGCAGCGUGAGGGAAAGAUACAUCACACCGCAGACGGCACUCAACACGAAAGGCAAUUGGAUGUUUGUGGUGAAUCAGGAAAACUCGCGGCAGCUCGUAAAAACGGAAGUUUGUGCGUCAACGGAGUGCUCCAACCUGUGCAGCUUUCCGGUCGGGUACAGCUCCCGGUGCGAGCAGCGGUACGUGCAGAAGCGGCUGGUCACGCUGGACCCGACCGGCCGGACACUGUACGUCGACACCUACUGGUUCCCGAGCUGUUGCGUGUGCUCACUGUACUCGGGAAAUUAGCGGGAAGCGGAUUCGAAGCGGGCCUGCAGUGAGUGAAGAUCGAGUAAAGAGUGGUCGUACAUGAUCGUGCUGAUUCAGCAGAA